CUUCAUCCGCCAGUUUGGGUAGUUUAAUAACCUUCUGAGUGGCCGAAUUCACCAAAUUCAUGGCAGUCCGUCCAGAUUUAACUCUCCCCAAAACUAACCAUCCAAAAGGGGAGUGCUGAAUUAUUUGGCUGCAUUUGGGAAGAAACUCAGCUAUCCGACAACGACGAUACACAUGGGUUUGCUUGCAAUUGCGAUCCAAUGUUGCUGUUGAAUAGAAAGUCUGAUUCUCGCCGUUGAAAACGACUACCCACGGGACAUCUUUGGUAGAGACCGGUAACUUGCACGACGGCGACUUCAUUGAAGUGAUUGAUCGACUGAUUGAUAGCGAGGUUGCAAUGAAAUAAAUCGCUGGGCUCAAAGUGUAUUUAUAUUGUAGGAGACCUUCCCGUUUCCCACUCUGAUGAGGAAAUUAAGUAGGAUUUCCGAUUCCCGGACGGGGAGAGACUGGCUCGUGACCCAUCAACCUCUUCGUUGUCCAUAACAGCUUCGAGUUUCUCUGCAGUGGUUGGACCCAACGGAAGCGGGAAGAGCAAUGUGAUAGAUGCAAUGUUGUUCGUGUUUGGGAAGCGAGCAAAGCAGAUGAGGCUUAACAAAGUUUCGGAGCUUAUUCACAACUCCACAAAUCACCAGAAUUUGAGCAGUGCUGCCGUUUCUGUGCACUUCCAGGAGAUCGUUGACCUGGAUGAUGGUAACUACGAGGCUGUUCCAGGAAGUGAUUUUGUGAUUAAGAGAGUUGCAUUUCGGGAUAACUCAUCAAAAUAUUAUAUCAAUGACCGCUCGAGUAAUUUUACAGAAGUCACAAAAAAACUUAAAGAAAAAGGAGUGGACCUUGAUAACAACCGGUUUUUGAUUCUUCAGGGUGAAGUUGAGCAGAUCUCAUUGAUGAAGCCAAAAGCUCAAGGUCCUCAUGAUGAAGGUUUUCUUGAAUACUUGGAAGACAUUAUUGGGACUAACAAAUAUGUAGAGAAAAUAGACGAGGCAUCCAAGGAUUUGGAGGCUCUUAAUGAUAAAAGAUCUGGAGUAGUUCAAAUGGUAAAGCUAGCUGAGAAAGAAAGGGAUGGUUUGGAGAAUGUGAAGAAUGAAGCAGAGAACUACAUGCUUAAGGAGCUAUCCCACCUGAAGUGGCAAGAGAAAGCAUCUAAAUUGGCUUUUGAAGAUACCUCUACCAAAAUGGUGGAAGUAGAAACUAACAUAUCCACCCUUGAAGAAAGCCUGAAAUCUGACAGAGGGAAGAUUCAAGAGAGUAACAAGACACUGAAGGAGCUUGAAACUGUGCACAAUAAGUACAUGAAAAGACACGAGGAGAUUAUAGACCUGGGUGAAGUCGAACAGAUUUCAUUGAUGAAGCCAAAAGCUCAAGGUCCUCAUGAUGAAGGUUUUCUUGAAUACUUGGAGGACAUAAUUGGGACUAACAAAUGUGAACUAAACGAUGAUCUCAAAACCCGCAAAGAUAAAUUUCGGGAGUUUGAAAGACAGGAUGUUAAGUACCGGGAGGAUUUGAAGCACAGGAAGCAGAAGAUCAAGAAGCUUGAUGACAAACUUGAAAAGGACUCCUCAAAAAUCAAUGACUUAACAAAGGAGUGCGAGGAAUCAACAAAUUUGAUCCCACAACUUGAAGAUAAAGUCCCAAAGCUGCAAAAUCUGUUGUCACUAGAGGAGAAAGUUUUGGAAGACAUAAAAGAGCGUUCUAAAGGUUGCUCUCUACCUCCAUUACCUGAUGAAAAGUAA